AUUGGCCCGCGCGUUCAACACUUUAUUGGGAGGCUCGCAUCGAUCUUGUGUGUAUUCACUAUGAGGUGUCUCUCAAGACUUUUCGUUCCAAUUGGGAUUGAAGUUAUAAAGAUAGUUGUUUAUGCUUAUGAGUAUCUGACAUGGCCACUGUACUACUUAUUCAGCAAAACAUUGAGAUAUAUGCCGCUGCCCAACUCUCCUGUUGACAGCGACUGGACAUAUAAUGAAGAAGAAAGUCGAACUUUGGCACUUCCUGUACGUGAAGGUGAUCCCGGUUCGCCAUGGAGAGCAGUUGAGGCCCUCGAUGGUCUGACGAGUUCACUUCCUGGAUGUAAAGAUUUGGUUGAUGUUUGGCUCCGCACAGUUAAGCUGUGGCCUGAUUUGCCUGCGUUUGGAACAAGAGCUGUCUUACGCACGGACUACCGACCGAGUCCUGACGGACGACAAAUGAUUGAGCUCACUUUGGGUGAGUACUCUUGGGAGACAUUUUGGGACGCCGAACGUCGAGUAUCUCAUCUAGCAGCUGGUUUGUAUUCAUUGUUGGGGUCCGUUAAGGAACAUAAUCAGCCCAUUGCCCUAUGCAGUGAAACAAGAGCUGAGUGGAUGUUUGCUGCUCAGGCCUGCUUUCGUCUCAACCGACCUGUUGCUACUUUGUACGCUACUCUCGGUGACGAUGCAUUGGUACAUGGAUUUAAUGAAACUGAAGCUGUAGUCGUGUUCACAAGCGAUGAGCUCUUAUCAAAAGUAAUUAAAAUUGUUCAACGGUGUCCUUCAAUUCAACGUAUUAUCUACUUCACAAAUGGAGUUUUUAAUCGAGAACUUUACACAGAAGUUGACAACCUCGCUGUUCCUUCUGAAAGUGCUACCGCUAGUGUUGCAGAAGCUCUGACAAAAUGUCCGUCAAAUUUACAUCUACACAAUAUAAUCGAAGUUGAACGUUUGGGAGCUGCAGUAAUCAUGAAAGAUAAAGAAAAGCGAAAAAUGGGUGGUUCCACACCAAUUACAGGGAAUAAUAAUCACUCAUCGAACGGUUAUGAGGGUUUAUGGAUGCCUCCUGCAUCAGAACGUGCCAGUCCCUCGGAUUUAGCUGUGAUUAUGUACACAAGUGGAUCAACAGGUCAACCUAAAGGCGUUGAAAUGACUCAUGAAAAUUUAGUAAGCGCCAUAGCUGGUCAUCUACAACGUUUACCGAAACUUCGUAGUAAUUACGACAUAUAUGUCGGAUAUCUACCACUAGCUCAUGUUUUAGAGCUUACCUGUGAAUUAUCCUGUGUCAUUAUGGGUGUACGAAUUGGUUACUCGAAUCCACAGACAUUAACAGAUACUUCAUCCCGUAUUAAACGAGAUCACUGCUUGGGUGAUGUCAGUCUUCUUCGACCAACUCUUUUUGCCAGUGUGCCGACUGUAUUAGAACGUAUUUCUAAGGCUGUCUGGGAAAAAGUAAACGCUGGCGGUGAAUUUCUUCAAGCUCUCUUCAAAUUUGCAUAUGCCUACAAAUGUCGACGAAUUCACGGUGGUUUUCCAAGUUUCCUCGUGGAUCGAUUGGUUUUCCGUAAGGUUAGAUCGCUCAUGGGUGGGCGAAUUCGCUAUAUUGUUUGUGGUGGCGCACCGUUAUCAGAAGAUUCACAAUUAUUCACAAAUAUAUGCAUCGCACCUAUUAUACAAGGUUAUGGGCUUACUGAGUCAUGUUCUACGGGCACUUUGAUGGAAUGUGGGGAUCUGCGAUGUAAUCAUUCUGGAGCACCUGCUUCUACUCUACAAAUUCGUCUAAGAGCAUGGCCUGAAGGUGGGUAUUCUCCCUAUGAUACACCGUCUCCACGUGGGGAGAUUCUUUUAUCUGGUAAACCGGUUUCUCGAGGCUAUUACAAACAGCCUGAAUUGACAGCUAGAGAUUUCAUAACCGAUCAAGAUGGCACACGUUGGUUUUGUACUGGGGAUAUUGGUCUAAUGCAUACAGAUGGAAGUUUAUCAAUUAUUGACCGUAAAAAAGAUCUUGUUAAACUACAAGCUGGGGAAUAUGUUUCCCUUAGCAAAGUUGAAAUGGCUCUUAGUCAAUCAGUCUAUGUUGAACAAAUUUGUGUUUAUGUGGACCCGAUGCAAAAUUAUCCAAUCUGUUUCGUGUCGCCGAAAUUAAAAUCGCUUACUGACUUAGCAGAAUCUUUGAACUUAGUUCACUUACUUCAUGAAGCUCGUUCAAAGCUUCCUAUAGAAUCAAUGAAAGAUUCCAUUGCUAUAGAACAUGUAGAACGGGCUGUUCUCUGUAAACAUCCUCAAAUUAUACAAGCUGUAUUAAAAGAUUUACAACGAGUUGCCAGAGAAAAACGUUUAAGUACAUUUGAAAUACCACAAAAAGUUGCUUUAGAUACUAUAGCUUGGACACCAGACACUGGUCUUGUAACGGAUGCAUUAAAAUUAAAACGUUUCAACUUACAAACUCGUUUUCAACAUGAAAUUGAAGAACUUUAUCGAAAGGAUACACGAGCGUAAUUAUUCAAUUAAUAAUAAAUAUCCUUCACCAAAUGAAAUAUUGAAAUGUAUGCAGUACAUUCCGUCUUCAUCAUUAGUAUUUAAUAUAUGUGUGAAUGAGUAUAAUAGCAACAGCUUAUUUGUAUUAAACCUUUGAAAUAGAUUCAAACAGUUAUCAAUUAAAUCAUAUAAACCAACAAUAUAUAUGAAACAUGUAUAGUAUUAAUCAUAUUAACGAGUGAAAAUAAAAAUUGAAUAAAACAGAAUGAAAAAGACGUGUACCUUUGGAGAUAACCAUUUUAAAUACACUAGUUUGAUCGUCAAUGGUACGAUAAUUAUCAUUAGUAUUAAUAUUACUACUGUUACCAAGAUAAACAGGAAGAAGAUAUAUGAAUUGAUGACAGAUACAACUCUACGAAAGCUGACAAAUCAGAAUGAGCGAAAGAAGUAUACCACAUAGAAAUCAUAUCAUCCACAUUCAUUUGUGACUUCCUUAAAUUUCUAUGUGGUAUACUUCUCUCACUCAUUCUGAUUUGUCAGUUUUCGUAGAGUUGUAUCUGUCAUCAAUUCAUAUAUCUUCUUCCUGUUUAUCUUGGUAACAGUAGUAAUAUUAAUACUAAUGAUAAUUAUCGUACCAUUGACGAUCAAACUAGUGUAUUUAAAAUGGUUAUCUCCAAAGGUACACGUCUUUUUCAUUCUGUUUUAUUCAAUUUUUAUUUUCACUCGUUAAUAUGAUUAAUACUAUACAUGUUUCAUAUAUAUUGUUGGUUUAUAUGAUUUAAUUGAUAACUGUUUGAAUCUAUUUCAAAGGUUUAAUACAAAUAAGCUGUUGCUAUUAUACUCAUUCACACAUAUAUUAAAUACUAAUGAUGAAGACGGAAUGUACUGCAUACAUUUCAAUAUUUCAUUUGCUUUUAUUCUGUUUCUUGUCUAAAUAUUUACUGUCUCACCUAUUGAUUUUUUCUUUGUAGUUUAAUGUAUUUCUGAAGACAUUGUCUUGAAGACAUUUGUUUAUGUUUUAUAAUCUUAGUUCGAUGUUCAAUUAUUUUAUUCUUUUUUGGUAUUAAAUGUAACAAAUGAUGUAACUCAUUCAUCUCAUAAGUUUAUUAUUGACACUUCAUUAUCAAUUCAAUUUAUUGGAUUAUUUGAUGUAGUUUAUGUGUAUAUGCAUCUAUAUUUACAAACAUCUUCAGUACAUUCACCUUACUUCCACGCAUACACAUUUACUCUUUCAUUCAUUUUUCACCAAUCUUUGGAAAAUACACAUCGUUGCUUUAUUUACAUGCAACAUUAGUUGAUAACAAGUCUUUGUGUCUGUAUUGAUUUCACUUACUAUUUACUUCAUCCUUUUGUAAAUUUUCAUAUUUGUUUCCUAUAAAGUAAAAAUUAUUCGCGGAAUAUUUUUCUUAACAUUCCCCUCCUUAAUUACCAAGAGUUUUGCAUUACUAAGUCUAGCCAACUGUUGUUACCUUUCCCAUACUAUUUGGUUGAGAGAAAUUAAUUAGAUUUAAUUAUCUUUGGGAAGUAAAUGCAACCACAUUUGGAAUUGCAUUGUGCUUUCUCUAAUUUUAUUUCAUAUUCCCAAAGUGCUUUUUUUAUUUUAUUUCUCUACCUUCAAGACACUCAUGGACGUGGAGUAUACGAACAAUGGUUCAGUUUUCUGAUUUUUGAUAAAUUUCUAGGGUGCUUCAUGGCAAGUUAGUCUUCACCCUCAAUUAUUCACUGAGGAGUCAGGGAAUUGGCUGUUUUAUUUAUCAUAGGAGUCUUGCACUCACUGGGUCGGUGUUUGACAAAAUAUGCUUUCUCCUAUCAACCACUUCAUCUUUGCCACAGGCGAGAUGUACGUCUGUCUACUAAGCUACGAAUUUCCUCUGUUCUACUGAU